CUGGGGACCCCCGAGAGACCCGGUCUGGAGUUGCCUGCUGGAAGUCGCGGGGUCCCAGGUGUUUCGCGAAGCCCGCAGCCGCUGCUAUGGCCUGGACCAAGUACCAGCUGUUCCUGGCCGGGCUUAUGCUCGUCACCGGCUCCAUCAACACGCUCUCGGCCAAGUGGGCGGACAACUUCAUGGCCGAGGGCUGUGGAGGGAGCAAGGAGCACAGCUUCCAGCAUCCCUUCCUCCAGGCUGUGGGCAUGUUCCUGGGAGAGUUCUCCUGCCUAGCUGCCUUCUACCUCCUCCGGUGCCAAGCUUCAAGGCUGGGUGAUUCCAGUGACAACCCUCCGCAGACCUUCAACCCCCUCCUCUUCCUGCCCCCCGCCCUCUGCGACAUGACUGGGACCAGUAUCAUGUAUGUGGCUCUGAACAUGACCAGUGCCUCCAGCUUCCAGAUGCUGCGGGGAGCGGUCAUCAUAUUCACCGGCCUGCUCUCGGUGGCCUUCCUGGGCCGGAGGCUGGCGCUGAGCCAGUGGCUGGGCAUCCUUGCCACCAUCGCGGGGCUGGUGGUUGUGGGCCUGGCUGACCUCCUGAGCAAGCAUGACGACCAGCACAAGCUCAGUGAAGUGAUCACAGGGGACCUGCUGAUCAUCAUGGCCCAGGUCAUCGUGGCCAUCCAGAUGGUGCUGGAGGAGAAGUUCGUGUACAGACACAACGUGCACCCCCUGCAGGCAGUUGGCACUGAAGGCCUCUUCGGCUUCGUGAUCCUCUCCCUGCUGCUGGUGCCCAUGUACUACAUCCCCGCCGGCUCCUUCAGCGGGAACCCCCGGGGGGCCCUGGAGGACGCGCUGGACGCCUUCUGCCAGGUGGGCCAGCAGCCGCUCAUCGCGCUGGCUCUGCUGGGCAACAUCAGCAGCAUCGCCUUCUUCAACUUUGCGGGCAUCAGCGUCACCAAGGAGCUGAGCGCCACCACCCGCAUGGUGCUGGACAGCCUGCGGACCGUGGUCAUCUGGGCGCUGAGCCUGGUGCUGGGCUGGGAGGUCUUCCACCCGCUGCAGAUCCUGGGCUUCCUCAUCCUCUUGACUGGCACCGCCCUGUACAACGGGCUGCACCGCCCACUGCUGGACCUCCUGUCGCGGAGCCGGGACCCUGCAGCCGAGGGCGAGCAGGAAAGACUGCUGGGCGGCACCCGGGCCCCCAUCAACAGCAUCAGCUGAGCCUCCCACAAGGACUCCGCUGCCCCCGGCUGACCUCCUCCCCCUCCCCGAGGCUGAGGCUGCAAGACUGGUGGGCCGCAGGCACCCUGUCCCUCAGACUGCACCCCACCCCACCCCAUCCCCCAUUUCCUCACAGACCCUCAGCGUGUCUGCUGCCAAGUCCUCCUCUCCUCUCCCCAGCCCCUGAGGGGGCGGGGGUGUCUCGGGUGUGCCUCCUCAGAGCCCCACCUCAGCACAGAGCUAAGUCACAAGGCCGGGUUGGCACUCAUCACACCCCAGCGAUGCCUUCUGAAUGACGGACUAGACAACGAGAAGACAGGAGCGCUCGUGGACAAGUCCAAACCAGGGCUACACAUGGUGUGUCCCCAUCCUGUGAGCUACACCUACCAGGGGUCCCCCAAACCUGUCAGGAGAGCCUGUUUCAGCCCCGUGCGCCUGCUCCCUGGCCAGUUCACUGCCUGGCCCCUGAGCAUGGGCUUUCUGCUCUGUCAAACCACGUCGGCUCGGAGCCUCCGGUGCCCAGAGCCCAGCACCCUGUGGGCGUGUGGUGGUGACCAACAGGAGAAAGGAGCUCGAGGCCACAGGAAAAGCCCUUCAACCACAGAGCUGUCCACCCCCAAGGCCCAUUUCGGUGUCCCCACUCACACCCCUGUAUAGGCCCCCUACCUGGAAGAAGCUAGCAGGGGCAUUUCCAGCAGCCUCUGACAGUUUCUGAUUAAUCCAUCGCCUUCCUUUGUAAAGAGGAGGAAACAGGCCCACAGUUGUACGUUACUUGGCAACACACACACACAUGCCACACCUGUACCUCAGCCCGCUGGGUCCCCUGGCCCCAUAGGAAACUCUGGGUGAUGAUUCUGGUACGCAGUGAGCAGCAUGCAUGCUCUCAGUACCACCCUCUGCGGUGGCCACUAAGGAGGACACUGUCCCAGGAAAGUCAGGGACGACCCAGCAUUCCUGCCUGGUUUUCUCUGAUUCCUGCCUGGUUCCUCUGCAGUGGGAUUUCCCACGGCAGAUGGAGGCAUCGGGCACUGUGGUCCUCCCGGUGGUAACCGCCCCCUGCAUCAGCAGCCCUCAGCCCAGCCGAGGGUGACAGCCGUGUUUCUGACCCCUUGGCAUUUUCUGCAGCGCAAGUCCCGGGGAGACGGGACUGGAGAGUGAAGGUGGUACACACUACAACUCCUUGUCCUUUUUUUUUAAAGCAACCAGGGUCUUCGAAUGUUUGGGAUGUUCGCUCUUAAAAAGGAAAUUGGCAGUA